AUGGAGACCGGCAAUGCCUUCUCCCAGUAUGAUGCCGGUGGCGAGGCGCCGCCGUCGGGCCAGGGGCGCACCCGCCGCAUGUCGAUGGACGAGGACAUGUUCUACCGCAAGGUCAUGACAUCGCUGCCCACGGAGCCGCCCAGCUACGAGUCGGCCAUGCGCGCAGCCCUCGCAGCCCAGAGGAGAGCCGCCGCCGCGGAAGAGGGCCCCUUCAAGGGCGUGCCCGUGGACGUGCUGCCGCAGUACUCGUGCGACUUGCACAUGGAGGGCGUCUUUAUGCGCAAGAUGGAGAUUGAAGACACGAUCAAGAGAGCAGAGUACCGAAACUGGCAAAUGGUGUACGUCGUGCUGCACGGCACCGCGCUAAAUAUUUACCAAGUCAAGAAGGAACGCGGCUGGUGGUCCAAAGACGACGGCCCAGAUAUAUCACCAGACAACCCCCCGUGGGUCAAGAGAUCGACGCUGGAGAAGAGUUAUAGCUUGCUGCAUGCGGAUGCCGGUAUUGCUGCUGAUUACCGAAAGCGGCGAUAUGUCAUUCGCAUGAGGGUAGAAACGGACCAGUUCCUCCUAUCAUGUGUCGAGUUGGGGAAUUACGUCAAAUGGCUCGAGUGCAUAUUCGCCGCGAUUGACGUGGCUGCGCCCAUCGACGAGCGCGACUUUCCACGGGACCAAAGCAUACCUCGCGUCCAGAGGAUACGCUGGCUGCGGGGACAACGACCGCAGAUGGAAGACAACAGCACCGGCUUCCAGCGGCUAAACGAGAGGAGGCAGAGCAUAGCCUCGUCGGCGAACGACAUGGACCAUGACGAGGAGGCCGGCGGCGAGGACGGCGAGCCAAUAGGCGACGACGACGGGGUGUCGGGCUACGCUGCGUUGGCGAACCGAACCGAGCACCCGAUCGUGGGCCGGCUGUCGACCACGUCAUAUCCCAACGAGCACAUCGACCCCGACACGGGCAAGUGGGCGCCGCAGCACAAGUGGACCGAGACGCACGACCAGCUCUACGCGCGGCUCUGCUACGCGGUGCUGCUCUUCAAGAGCCCGCGCAAAACCAACUACGUGAUCUCCAAGGGGAAGAGGUGGUACGUGGACUGGACCACGGGACGCAUGAUCCGGGUGCUGCCGCCCGCGUACGGGGAAGUGGAGCUGAUUGGCACUUGGUCGGGCUACAUGGCGGAGAACAGGCGGCUAUAG